AUGUCUGCUUGGAUAUCAAUUGUAUCAAAUGUAUUUUCAUCAACCGAUACACCACGAAAGCUGGAAAGGCCCGUAUCAAUUUGUCAACCAUCAUCAUCAACACCUAUUACAACAAAAUCGCAUAAUCGUCUCUCUGCCAACUUACAACACAUUUUAACACCACAGCAUAUACAAGAAGUAAUUCGUCCAAUUCGUCAUACUCAAACAACACUAUCAUUAUGCUACGAUGAACGUUUGACAGAAUGGAUCUAUCCGAUUGAUGAAACAUUGGAGAAACAAUUGGAACAGGUCGCAUAUUUCUGCAAAACAGUGCAUCGGAAUCGAAUCAUAAGUGCAUUAUUGGAGCAACCGGAAGGAGCAUUCGUUGUUCGUUUUUCUGAAUCCAAGCGAAAAUGUCUGGCAUUGAGUGUUCGAGUACCGUUUAGGCACAAUCCAACUGGUGUAUCACAUUAUCUGAUCAUCCGAAACGAUAAUGGAUUUAAAUUAAGGGGUUCCAAUAAAUAUUUUCCAUCAAUACCUAUGCUUGUAACGCAUCAUUCGGUGAUGCCCGAACAACUUCCAUGCCGUUUGAUAUUUGCCCAUUGGGGUAAUAUGUGGAAAUGUAAUAAAAUGAAUAAUAAUUACGAUUAUCCACCUUAUGAGCAGGUGGAAUGUUCAAACGAGAUGUUCAAGCAUAAUCGGUGGUCCAAGCUAGAACAACUGUGA